GAUUACAAUUAAUUUGUUUAUUUUAUGUUAUUAGUUAUAUCAGCAUUUAUUACCAAUUUUGCAAUUUUUACCCCAGUAUAUUCUUUUAAUAAAUGUCAACAUUAUUAAGAAGUUAAAGAACGUUAUAUUAUCAAAAUGUCUUUACUCUUUCUAGAAGAUGAUCCAUGGCUCUUGGAGCAUGAUUCUUGCGAGAAAUUGCACAGAGAUAUCAUGGAACAGCUUACGAUUAGGCAAAAACACCCCCGAAAUACUGACAAGUAUUCUCAACUAUCAGCAAGCAUUCGAUUACGAUUAAAACAAUACAAUAAUGAAGUAAGCCAGUUGAAUCAAAAAUUAGAUGCUACCAGUAAAUCAAACAAUAUAACACCUGCAGAAAUUGAGAGAAGAACCAGGCAAAUAGAAAUCUUACAUUCUAAGGGAAUACAGAUACAGAAAAUGUUCGACGAACAGAUUGCCAUCAAAUCUUUAGAAGAAAGAAGAGAAUUAGUAGGCAUAGGCACGGCUAAUUUAGAAAUAUCUCCAAGUACCAGUUAUUCUAUCGGAGAUUUAAAAGAAACACAGAUACGAAUGUUAGGAGAGCAAGACGAGGGCCUCAACAAUUUGUCGAAAAUCAUUUCGAGGCAGAAGGAUAUAGCUCAUACAAUUUCUAAUGAAGUGGAUUAUCAUAAUGAAAUUUUGGAUGAUUUGGAUACGCAAAUCAUUCGAACAGAUGCAAACGUUAGGGAUGAAACGAGGCAUGUAAGUGUAGUUGAUAGAAAAGAUAAAACAUGUGCAUAUUGGAUUACAAUAAUUUUACUAUUCAUUAGCAUUAUAAUUGUCGUUAGUGUGUAAGUCAAGUUUAAUAUCAAAGCAUUUAUUUCGUUUAUAUUUCACGUAAUUGUAAACGUAUCAAACAUAUCUUUAUUAUAUAAUAAAUCUAAUUUGUUAAAGUUGUGUUAAUGGAACCCACAUUUGUCCAAUUUAAUGUUGCUUGAGCGUUUAAUAAUAUUUUUUCUUCAAUUUAUUGCCUAUUUUAUACAGGGAAAUUAAUGAAACUUAGGUAAUACUUUAUUUUAACAUUGUUAUUAACAAAAUGCUUUCGCAUGAUGCCAUUCAAACUCGCUUAUUACAAUAAAUAAAAAUAGAAUGUACAAAAAAUUACUUUAGUUCAUCUAAAAAGGGUACUCCAGCUAAGUUUCCAACAGAUGCUAAUGAUAGUUUCUGGCCUGCUUUCUUAAGAGCCUGCAAAUAAACAAUUUAAAAAUGUUAACUUAUUAAUAAUUUGUUAACUUACAUUUGCGACAUCACUGGUAGAAACAGAAUCUACUUGAGCCAAAAGUGCACUAGUACUUGUAACUUUUUGCGUCAAAAUAGCUUCUUGUCCAAUAGUUCUUACAAUAUCUGCCCCACUUUCAGCACUGAAGAGGAUCGAUGCUUUCAAUUGAUUUUUACCUGCACAAAAUUUAAAAAAUAGUACAUUGUAUUAUCACAGUUGCUUAUUAAAACGUACCUCUGGUGACAUCUUCAUCGGAGACUGUUCCACUCUUGAGUACUUUAACAGCGGUUUCUAGAGCACUUCUUGCCGACUUCGUCGGAACGGCCAGUAGAAGCCCAAAGAGACCUGUGUCAGAGUAACUCGCGUUUAUGGCUACGGAACUAACGUCAGGGCUAUUUCCAAGAGCCUUCCUGAAGACACCGCUGUCUGUAAUUCCGUGUUUAACCUGGGGGCCUCCUCCAAGGGCUCCUUGUAGUACAGCAAAAGCGAGAGCUUCCUUGCUGUUUUUGAGAGCAGCACCUUCUCCUGCUACAGCAAUAAAUGCUAGUUGACCACCUUUGUUCGAUCUGUAAAUAAUUAGAUGUUUAGUAAUUAAUAAAGAGAAGGAUUUUGAACAAACCUUAGUUCGCCUCCUUUGUAAGGAGAUGGGGUGUUAUCGCCUUCACCAUUUUCUAUUUUCAAAGAGUUAGCAAAAGACGUCAACUCCUUUUGACUGAUUCCUGAACCUACGACCGCCAUACGUCCGCUUUUGAAGUUUGAGCAAACGUAAUGUUGCAGAGUUUCGGACGAAAUUUUACCAAUUUGAGUUUUCGGAAUAAACAGAGAAUUACCCAAACCGCGUCCUCUAAAAGCAG